AUGAGAACCGGCAAAGGAAACCAAGAGGAAGAAGAUUACGGUGAAGAAGAGUUCGGUUCAAAACGUGAAGGUCCUUCUUCAAACAACAGUAAUUCCGCCGCGAACAGAGAUGCAAAGGAAAAUGAUAAGGCUAGUGCGAUACGUUCUAAACAUUCGGUCACAGAGCAACGGAGAAGAAGCAAAAUCAAUGAAAGAUUUCAGAUAUUGAGAGAACUAAUUCCCAACAGUGAACAAAAAAGAGAUACAGCUUCUUUCCUUUUAGAGGUGAUAGAUUAUGUCCAGUAUUUACAAGAGAAGGUGCAAAAGUAUGAAGGAUCAUAUCCAGGAUGGAGUCAGGAGCCAACAAAGUUGACACCAUGGAGGAAUAAUCACUGGCGAGUUCAGAGUUUGGCGAACCACCCAGUAGCUAUAAAUAAUGGAUCUGGUCCAGUGAUACCAUUUCCUGGAAAGUUUGAAGAAAACAUAGUGGCCUCAGCACCUGCAAUAGUUACAGAAAUUCAAAACCCGGUUGAAUCUGACAAAGGAAGAGCUAUAAUUUGCAAACCGAUAGACAGUCAACCUGAGUUAGAUGACAAGGGAUUACCACCUGUACAACCAAUCCCUACAUUGGUACACGGUGAACAAGCUUUUAAUGAAUGCCCUGCAACAAGUAAUGGGCUAGGGCAAAGUAAUGACAUGGUUAUCGAAGGUGGAACCAUUAGCAUCUCUAGUGUCUACUCGCAUGAGUUAUUGAGCUCGUUAACACAAGCACUUCAGAACGCAGGAAUUGAUCUGUCGCAUGCUAAACUUUCUGUGCAGAUUGAUCUUGGGAAGCGAGCGAAUCAAGGACUUCCUCAUGACGAACCAUCAAGUAAGAAUCCAUUAUCAUCUGACAUUGAAGGCGCCACACAAGCAAGGGAUCCAAGUGUUGAGGAAGAAUCCGAUCAUUCGCAUAAGCGAAUGAAAACAUUGUGA